GCAUCGGGCCCCCAGGAGGGGCGACAGGCAUCGGGCCCCCAGGAGGGGCGACAGGCAUCGGGCCCCCAGGCGGGGCGACAGGCAUCGGGCCCCCAGGCGGGGCGACAGGCAUCGGGCCCCCAGGCGGGGCGACAGGUCUCGGGCCCUCAGGCGGAGCGGCGGGCGCCGGACCCCCAGAUGGAGCGACAGGUCUCGGGCCCUCAGGCGGAGCGGCGGGCGCCGGACCCCCCAGGUGGAGCGACAGGUCUCGGGCCCCCAGGCGGAGCGGCGGGCGCCAGACCCCCAGAUGGAGCGACAGGUCUCGGGCCCUCAGGCGGAGCAGCGGGCGCCGGACCCCCAGAUGGAGCGACAGGUCUCGGGCCCUCAGGCGGAGCAGCGGGCGCCAGACCCCCAGAUGGAGCGACAGGUCUCGGGCCCCAGGCGGAGCAACAGGUCUCGGGCCCCCAGGCGAAGCGGCGGGCACCGAGUCACCAGGCACGACAGUGGGCACCG